AUGCCUCACUUGAAGACUGUCAUUUACCUAGUCAUUCUUUUUUUCGCUGUGAAAUCCGCCCAAUUUGUGAUCGUUAUCUUGGGUCCAGCGCAGUUUGAUGUCUCAUCAUCGAUUCUUCUAGAAUCAUACCUGACUGAAAAAAUAGCGUUGUCUACAUUUGGUACCAGGAGUGAGCCGCUCAACCAUGCGCUUGGGAAAUCAGUCAGUUUGAUUCUAGACAGGUUUCUCGACCGGCUAGUGACUUGGGAUGCGGUGUAUUUUGCCGAUCUAUUCAGCAGGGGCAUUCUGUACGAACAUCAAUUCGUGUUUUGCCCCCUCUGGUGGCGGCUCAUACAUGUGAUUCCCGUAAACCCUGAAACGGGAUUCUAUUCCCGGCUCAUAUGGGCAACGGUGCUUGCGAAUUUGAGUCAUUUGGCGGCCGCAAUCGUGCUUUACUUCUACACGCUAACCGUUUUCAAAAGAGCCCGUAUUUUCUCAUCCGAACGCAUGGCAACAUUGGCGCUGAUGCUCUACGUAUGCUCUCCUGCAGCGGCGUUUUUGACUGCUCCAUAUUCUGAGUCAAUUGCAGCAUUGUGCAGCCUUUUGUGUUUAUUUGCAAGAGACGUCACAUGCAUCUACCUUGCCAGCGGCGCGCUAGCAGCACUCGCGUUUGGCUUCCGGGCCAAUUGCUUGUUAUUGGGCCUAGUCUACGUAUACGAUAUCGUAUACAAGAAAACCCAGACCCCUUUUUUGCCGCUAGCCGCCGGGCUGAUUUUGGGGGCCGCUUUUCUUGCCGCCCAGAUCCACAGUUAUGUGCUGGUGUGCCCUUCUGGCCGGGGAGCAUGGUGUGAAGCUAGAAUCCCCUCGUUAUUCGCGUACGCACAGUCGCACUAUUGGGGCAAUGGGCUAUUUCGGUACUGGACCUGGAACAACGUGCCGAACUUCGUAUUUGCCGCACCCACGGUAUUUUUGCUGGCGCUCGCUGUCAGGUACUUUGCACAGAUAUACCCGGUCGAGAGGACGUUGCCUGUUUUGGCGGUCAACUGUGUGUUUUUGUGCCUGGUGAUGUUGUUCGGGCACGUACAAAUCAUCACGCGCAUCCACACGUUCUUGCCCGUGGUGUACUGGGUGGUGGCCGGGCUUCUUACCCAGCCAGAUCCACGAGGCCAGAAAUGGGCGUAUAAAUGGGUGGCGUAUUUCGUGGUGUGGAAUGUGCUCCAGACGGCGCUUUUUUCUGCGUUCCUCCCGCCAGCAUAG